AAAAUAACUAAUAUUAUAUAAUAUUGAACAUUGUAUUGUAUGUAGUUUGCAAAAAGUAAUAAAGAAUUGCGAUUAGUGCGAAAUGUAUAUUCAAAUAUUUCGCGGAUUCUCUCGCCAUACGUAUCCGGUUCGGUUCCAUGUAAAUGGGAAGGAAUGACAGGUAAAUUGAAGAAAUUGACGUAAAGUUGAAUUACUGAACAAAGAAAAUUAUUGCAAGAGAAAUUUUUGAAGCGGUUCAAAAUCAGGUAUCAUCUAAUCCAUCGUAGGUGAUUUAAUAUUUGCACUAAAUGGCGAGCCACGAAGAGUUGGUUUCGAAUUUUACAGAUAUAACUGGUGUUGAACCUGGACGAGCACGAUUUUACCUUGAGUCAUCUGCUUGGAAGCUCGAGGUUGCUCUUGCUAGUUUUUACGAGAACGAUGAGCCUACUACAUUAAUUGCAGCACCAGCAGAAGAUUCAUCAGAGGACGAUUAUAAAGAAGCUCCAGAGAAUAUUGUAGAAGGUGCAAAAUACACUGAGAUGGAAGAAAAACUGAAACCAAAAUCAAAAAUUGCAACAUUAAAUGAUCUUAAAGAGAAAGAAGGCAGCCCUGAUGAAGAAGAAGGACAAUCAUUUUAUGCUGGUGGUUCUAAAAACAGUGGGCAGCAAGUUUUAGGGCCAGGAAAGAAAAAAGAUAUUGUUAGUGAUAUGUUUAAAUCAUGUCAGGGCCAGUCAGUGGAUGUAAAACCAAAACCAAAAGGGCAGCAGAGACCAAAUACCUUUAGUGGUGCUGGAUAUAAAUUAGGACAAACAAAUUCUGAUACAGAAGUUAUUGCUUCGACCUCUAAUCAUCCACAAUCUAAUUCUGGGCCUAUUACUUUGAAGUUGUGGAAGGAUGGAUUCACUAUAAAUGAUUCUGAGCUUCGACUAUACAGUGAUCCAGAAAAUAGGGAAUUCCUUGAUACCAUUAAAAGAGGUGAAAUACCAGCAGAAAUACGACAAGAAAUUCAAAGUACCGAGGCAUGGCUUGAUAUGGAGGAUCAUCGUCAUGAGAUAUAUGUUCCUCCAAAGGUCAAAGUAAAAGCUUUUACUGGGAAAGGACAUAUGUUAGGAAGUCCAUCUCCAGCAACUGUGGGUAUGACAAUACCAACAGAUUUGGCAGAUCAAACAGCAAACGAAUGUCAAGCAAAAAAGCAAUUAAAUGUAGAUGAAUCGAAACCUGUCACAACACUGCAAAUUCGUCUAGCUGAUGGUACUAGUGUGAAAGCUCAAUUUAAUUUAACACACACGGUCAAUGAUUUGAGGCAAUAUAUAGUAACUAUGAGACCUCAGUAUGCCAUGAGGGAAUUCAGUUUAUUAACAACAUAUCCAACCAAGGAACUUAGUGGAGACAAAACAAUCGGAGAAGCUGGUUUGCAAAAUACAGCGAUAAUUCAACGACUGAAAUAAACAUUUUCUUCUAGAUCAUUAGUUAUGAAAGUUUGUGAUGUAUUGAUUAGAUCAUUCUUAAAUAUACAUUG